AAGAGGUUGUAGUGGCUAAACCUAAUCUCUAAGAGAUCCAUCAUCAAGAACAAGUAACAAUGUAGACAUAAAAGAGAUAUCUCUCUAAUUGUUCUAGAGGGUUUGCGAGUGAGAAACAAAUCAAGAACAAUGGAGAGAUGGGAUGAAUCUAACCUCUAAAGAGAAGUGAGGUCAAGAUUUCAACAGAAAUAAAUCAUAGAUGCGAUUCAAAUAUUCAACAUUUUGAGUUGAUAUAAUAAUAAAUGAGAAUCAUGCUUACUAUGUGCAUAUAAUAGAGAGACUUUCCCUCUCCUCUCUUCACCAUUUAUUUUCUUUAGAAUCCCGAAGCAACCAAAGUUUUCAAUCUUUUCAUCACCACGGCACCAUGUCCGAUACAACCGUAGUUGAUACAUACAUGAUACUACAUAUCUUUUGCGUGAUUUCAUAAUAAUACAUACCCCCAUUUAAGAGAGAUUCUCAUUAACAGAGAAGCUUCCUUCUUUUUCUUUUUCUUGUUUUUUUUUUUUUUUGUCUCUGUUCUUGAAUCUUGAUCAUGGCGGUUCAAGCUCAUCACCAUCCUUCUACUCUCUUCUUCCUCAACAGAAACGGACAAGAAGGUAAUGAUUGUUCGAAUCAGCCGGAGCAAAAAUCUCAGUUUCAUUCAAUCAACACCGGGGUGGAUUCAAGAAAGCGAGCGAGAGAAGUUUCGUCGUCGGUGAUUGAUUUAGAAGAUAUCACUACGGCGGCUCCGAUGAAUCCUCUGCCGCAAACUCCGCCGGAAGUUAUCGGACGUCGACAGAAUCCUAAUGUAGUAGUAUCAACCGGUCUACGUUUGUCUCGUGAACAGAAUCAAGAACAACGGUUUUCUACUUUUCCGAUAUUUACCGGAGAUCUCGCCGGAGAAAUCGAAAGCCAAACGGAUGAAUUAAAUAGAUUUCUUCAAAUCCAGGGAGAGCAGCUGAGGCGCAUGUUAGCGGAAAACAACGAUAGGCACUAUCGUGAGCUACUGAGAACGACGGAAGAAUCAGUUAGGCGGAGAUUAAGAGAGAAAGAAGCGGAGGUCGAUAAAGCCACGCGUCGUCACGCCGAGCUAGAAGCACGUGCGUCUCAGAUAGAAACAGAGUCACGUGCCUGGCAGGUGAGAGCAGCGGCUAGAGAAGCCGAAGCGACGUCGUUACAGGCUCAUUUGCAGCAAGCCGUAUUUGAAGCAGCUCACCGCGGCGGAGUUAUCACGACGGCUGAACAAAAUUCGGGAAGCGUAGACGGUGCGGAUGAAGCCGAGGACGCCGAAUCGGCUUACGUGGAUCCCGAUCGGUGCGAAAUGAUCGGACCGGGGUGUAGGAUUUGCCGGCGCCGAUCGGCGACUGUGUUGGCUUUGCCGUGUCGUCAUUUGGUUCUGUGUCAAGGAUGCGAUGGCUCCGUACGAGUUUGUCCACUUUGCCUUAGCACGAAGAACUCAAGCGUGGAGGUUUUUUAUUCUUGAUGGGCCAUUGUUUAAUGGGCAUAUCAGGCCCAGUAUAUUGGCAUUUUUAUAAUAAUAAUAAAAAAAAUAUCUAUAUAAAUUAAAUUUAUGAUUUAUUUACAUA